AUGCUGACGAGUCGCGGCCGCCUGGCGGGCCAAAGCCAUCACCGGGCGCUGCGGUCUUCAAAAAAUUUUGACCCCUUGACGCGCGGCAGACGGCGGGACCCCAACUUGUCGCAGGCGGCCCUCCCCAAGGCGGACGCCGACCGAGCCGGCGAGCGGGCGCGAGGCCCCGUCGCGCGCCGCGCCCGGAAGCUCGAUCCGACAGAGGUGCGCGGCUGGUGCGGGCAUGCGGCCCUUCGGCAGGACAUGUGCCCCAGGCCGGGGCGGGGGCGCGUUGCCCGCCUCGGCCUCGCGUCGGGCCGCACUGCCGGCGGGAGGUGGCGCAUUGGAGUUGCGUUUGCUGGUUGCGGGCGCUGCGUGGUUGGUUAG